UAUCCUUACCUCGAUCCGCUAUUUAUUUGUCCUUCCAACACAUGUCCACUAAAGUUAGUUUGCCAACUAGCUUACCAGCGAAGGCUGGCAUUUGUUAGUUCAACUGUAGACGAGACUGGAGCUUCCUAUAGUGUUCCCAGCUAGAUGUCCGAAGGGCCUGUUGACUAUCGGUGCCAGACAGCUAAUCUAAACAUCUAAAUUAGCUGUUCAGGAGGCUAUUUUAUUAUGUUGGGUAGCGAAAAGUGCUGAAUUAUUAUGGCCGCUGGACAUGAAGGCAAUGACACAGAAUUCCACAGGCUCAAGCAGGCCGUUCCUCACGACCGUCUCAUGCACCAGGUUCACUCUGGAGCCAAGAAGAACAUGAGGGAGGUGGAUUAUUUAAAUAAGGAAGAAAUAGAUAAAGACAGGUUUCCAGUUGGUCGUUGCGUGUACAAGUCAAACAAAGUGAAGCGAGUGGUGGUGUGCAAGCGGAGGUCACGACUCUCAGUAGCGGGCUCCGGGCCUUGCCGGAGGGCGCCAAGCGCAGGCUGGCCCUGUGACAUGGCCAACAAGGAGAACGAGCUGACCUGCGCCGGCGAUGUGCAGGCCAUCCACUACAACGACAACUGCGGGUUCCCCGUCAACUCCGCAGAGGCCUCUAAGAUGGCAGGGGCCGGCACCAAGUACAGUGACUUCUUCACUGAGGUUUCCAAGGACCAUGAUGCGAUGACACAUGCUCUCUUUGGAAGGAAUCUUAAACUAAACGUUGCUUUAACUCUUUGGCGGAAAAGCGCAAGUGAAUUAGUGGCUUACCUAGUGAGAAUACAAGAUAUGGGUGUGCUGGUGGACUGCCUUCCUGUUCUUGCAAAAAGCCUUGAAGAGGAGCAGUCCUGCAUAUCUAUUGGCUGUUGUGUUGACCUUUUACCGCAAGUGAAGACCGUUCUUUCCAGCAAAUACGAGGAACACUUGAUUGUGGCUUUACACUGGGUCAAUUCCCUCAUUAAGAGAUGGUGGCCGGAUAUCUCUGCUAAUGGCAGAGGCCUACAGCAAGGCUGUCUGUGUGACGGCAACAUUCAGGUCAUGAAACAGCAGCUACAGGAGUUAUGGGUGGAGGGAAGUCGGUUAAUUUUAGUUCCAGGAACUACGGGUGAAAUAGCGAAGGUCAUUGACAGUCACUUAUCACAACUGCGCUGAGGCAUCCAUGUAGCACACUGAGGACGCGACCACUACAAACACUUGUUGCAGUUUAAAGCUGCUUUUUGGCAAAUCAAAAAGGACAGGAUGAAUGAACUGUUGUACCAAGUUCCCAGAGCACUAACCUAUGAGAUCAGGGGAUUGAUGAACUGUCCAAUUCAGACACUUCCCUGACAGUAGAGAAACUGGAGACAUUUGACGAAGGCAAGAAGCCUUCUUGUGAGCCAGGAAUGGCUGCUUCACAUUGAAGUGGAUCGUUGUGAUAAGGUGGGGAGGUGUCACAUUCAACCCCAUGAGGCUGUCUGAAAGCAGGCGACUCAAUUAAGUGCCAACCUCUCUCUCACCACUGCAGUCGUGCUGUGAUGGUGAUCAUCUGCGUAGUCGGAUGAUGUAUUUAAUGCCCCCCUUGUUUAUCUCUGAUGUCUUCAAUCAAGAACUUGAACUGCAGCAGUCUUAAGUUAUUAUAGGUCUCAAUGUUUGCCUGUUCAUGAAUGAGUUGUAUGUGUAAAAUGCACAUAAUGUUGUUUUCUUUUAAUCAACCUUUUAAAUAAAUGUUCAACAUCUGG